UCGAACGCCUUUUAUGCAUCCUGAGCUUUCCUCCGAACUAGAACUAAACGGUUCACACCAUUAAGAACAAUGAUUCUAAUUCUUAUCGAAUUCCUUGUUCUCAUCACCCUCUAUCAUAUUCCUGCCGCCAAUACUGCGUCUCUUCUCGCCAAUGAGACCGACUACCGAGCAUUACUGGCCUUCAAAGCACGGAUAACUUCGGAUCCGUUCAAUGCCCUCAGCUCUUGGAAUGACUCGGUCCACUUCUGUUCAUGGAAGGGAGUAACCUGUGGGAGUAGGCAUCCUCGAGUGACCAUACUUGAACUCGCAUCACUUGGAUUGGCAGGUUCGUUGUCUCCUCAGAUUGGGAACCUUACUUUCCUCCAAAGGCUUAACCUCAGUGGGAAUGCCUUCGAUGGGGCAAUUCCCGAAGAGAUCAGUAAGUUGUCGAGGCUGCAGAUCAUUGCUCUGGCCAACAAUUCCCUUGUAGGAAAGCUGCCAAGAAAUCUGACAAUUUGCAAGAACCUCUUGUACAUAAUCUUGCAUGGAAACAAUCUCGAAGGGCAACUUCCGGACACCCUCAGCUCCCUUGGGAAACUUAUAGUGUUAUCACUAUCCACUAAUGGCUUCACCGGAAGCAUCCCGCGUUCACUAGGCAAUCUCUCCUCACUUAACCAUCUUUAUUUAGCUCGAAAUUACUUUGAAGGAAGUGUGCCAUCCGAACUUGGGCAGCUGUCCAACUUAGCAUACAUUUCGUUAGCGACUAACAAUCUCUCUGGGCCCAUGCCCACGUCCCUCUACAAUAGCUCAUCCAUUAUAUCAUUCUCUAUUGUCGUAAAUAAUGUUAGCGGGUCUCUUCCUUCUGAUCUGUUCCUGACAUUGCCGAAACUCCAAGGAUUCUAUCUUGGUGUUAAUAGUUUUUCAGGACCACUUCCGGCCUCAAUAACUAAUGCUUCUGAACUUAGAAUGAUCGAUAUAAGUCAGAACUCCUUUACCGGACCAAUUCCAGUGGAUUUGGGUGGCCUUAAGAACUUGGAGGUGCUAAACUUUGGUGGGAACCCUCUAGGAACUGAAGAAGGAGAUGAUCUGAGAUUCCUCGCCUCCUUGACCAACUGCACCAAUCUCCGUAUCCUGUGGUCACAACUUAAUAGCUUCAAGGGUGCACUGCCUGAUUCUGUUGGUAACUUCUCAGACACUUUCACAAGCCUUAUGCUGGACCGAAACUUUAUAUCAGGAGCCAUACCAUCAGGAAUAGGGAACCUGGUGAACUUGGAGGUACUGUCAUUGUACAGUAACAAGCUCGUUGGGAGUGUUCCUGACUCCAUUGGGAAACUUUCAAAGUUGAAGAUGUUCUUCAUGUACCAGAACAAUCUCUCUGGGACCAUUCAACAUACUCUUGGUAACAUGACUUCGCUCAUUCAACUCAAUUUACGAGAGAAUAUGCUGGAGGGUGCUCUACCCUCUUCCAUAGGGAACUGCACACAGCUUGACAAUGUUGAUCUAUCCCAGAAUCGCUUCAUCGGUCCUAUACCUGAAGAACUCUUUGGUCUUUCUUCACUCUCGGCAGGCCUGCGACUGGCAAAGAAUCAUUUCACCGGUCGACUGCCAUCUCAGGUUGGUAAUCUCAUCAAUCUCAGAGAGUUAGAUGUUUCAGAGAACAGCAUGUCCGCAGAACUUCCUUCCACUUUAGGUACCUGUCAGGUGCUGGAAUUGCUCGUCUUGAGAGGGAACAAAUUCAAUGGAACCAUUCCAUCCUCUCUGAAGAACCUAAGAGGCCUGCAGGUACUGGAUCUUUCUCGAAAUAAUUUGUCCGGACCGAUUCCAGGAUUCUUGGGAGAUCUGCCUCUCAUAGAGAAUCUUAACCUUUCUUUCAACAUGUUCGAGGGCGAAGUGCCAAAUGGAAGAAUAUUUGAUAAUAUCAGUGCGGUAUCACUUGCUGGGAAUAGUAAGCUGUGUGGAGGACCUCCCGUCUUGCAAUUGUCAAAAUGUAAAAUUCCACGGAGUCGAAGACGAACAUGGACGACAGUGGUGGCAGUAUGUGUCACAACCGCCAUUCUCUUAACAUUACUGAAUAUAAUUGCAUUUGUUCUUUAUAGAUCAAAAGAGUCAAAAGCGGAAGCAGAAAGUACUACCGGUUUUCUGCACUGGGAUCCCCAUCCGAAGUUGUCUUACAUGGAAAUUUCUGAAGCAACAGACGGAUUCUCUCCUUCAAACAUAAUCGGAGAGGGAAGCUUUGGUGUAGUCUAUAAAGGCGUCUUGGCAAGCAGUGAACAGGUUGUUGCUGUGAAGGUACUUAAACCAGACAUACGGGGAGCAGACCAGAGCUUCCUGGCUGAGUGUGAAGCUUUGAGGAACAUCCGACACCGGAACCUCGUGAAGACUAUCACUUCUUGCUCGAGCACUGAUUCCCAAGGAAACCACUUCAAAGCUCUGAUGUUAGACUACAUGCCCAAUGGAAGCCUCGAGAAAUGGCUACAUCCGAUUCCGAAUGAUACUGGAGAAAAUGAUAAUGGCACGACGUUGAGCAUAAUGCAGAGGUUGAACAUAGCCAUUGAUAUGGCCUCAGCAUUGCAUUAUCUACACCACCAAUGUCAGACACCCAUAGUUCAUUGUGACUUGAAGCCGAACAAUGUUCUUCUCGACCUAGAUUUUUCUGCACAUCUAAGUGAUUUUGGCCUUGCAAAAUUUCUCACAGCUGAAAAAUCUGGAAUAACUACUAGUUCAAUUGGGUUAAGAGGAACUAUCGGCUAUGUAGCACCAGAAUAUGGUUUUGGUGGCGAGGCAUCGGCACUGGGUGACGUCUACAGUUUUGGAAUUCUCUUGCUCGAGAUGUUUACAGGGAAGAGACCAACUGGGCCCAUGUUCGGAGGCAAUUUUGGGCUUCGUGAAUUCGUCGAACAAUCUCUUCUUCCUGAUGGGCAGAUGCAAGUGAUAGAUCCUAUGCUUUGUUUGGGAGAAGUGGAAGGCAGCCUUCGUGAAUGCUUGGUCUCAGUCCUUCGAGUAGGCCUCAAGUGCUCGAAUUCCUCGCCUAAAGAGAGGGUGGACAUUGGAGAAGCUCUCCAAGAACUCUCCAAGGCGCGUGAUGUCCUCGAUAAUACUACUAGGUACUCAUGUGUAGUCACCCAUUAGCUGCUAUUCAUAUGCUGUAUACGUGCUGCUGCAUGUACACGGGACGUUCCCAGCAUAAAGAAGAUCCGUGUAACAGUUGGAAGUUCUGCCACUGAUAACUUGAUUUGCGUGUUUUUGAGUGCAUUUCCAAGUAAUUAUAUGUUGUUUAUUCUGUUGCU